AUGGGGAAGGACCAGGAACUGCUGGAAGCUGCUCGCACUGGGAAUGUGGCUCUGGUGGAGAAACUCCUCUCUGGGAGGAAAGGAGGGAUCCUGGGCAGUGGAUCUGGACUUGGCCGGCUCACCUGGGGAGGGUUAGGGUUGGAAGGCGGGUCAACCACACCACACAGCUUGGUAUCAGCAGCAAACAUCUGGCGAGGACCAAAUAUAAACUGCACAGACAGUUCAGGUUAUACUGCUUUACAUCAUGCAGCUUUAAAUGGACACAAGGAUAUAGUUCUCAAAUUACUUCAGUAUGAAGCAUCAACUAAUGUGGCAGAUAAUAAAGGUUAUUUUCCUAUUCACUUGGCUGCUUGGAGAGGAGAUGUAGACAUUGUGAAGAUCCUUAUCCAUCAUGGGCCAUCACACUCCAGAGUGAAUGAACAG